AUGUGGGCGCUUGAGCGCGCCAUGGCGGAGUCCCCCUCGCUGCUGCCCACUGCUGCUGGGGGCGCGGGCGGGCAGGGGGGAGGCGCGGAAGGAGGGCAGGGGGGCGGGGAAGGAAAUAGAAUGGAGGGAGAGGUCGAUGGGGGACAGGGUGUGAGCGGCGCGGGGGAAUCGAGGAGAGAAGAGGGCGAGAGGCAUUUGAUGGGCGUGGUGGCGAGUGGAGUGACGGGCGAGAUGAGGCAGAGGGGCGGAGGAGUGGGUGGGCAAGGGGUAGAGGCAGCGGAGGGGCAGCAGGGAGAGGGGGCGAGGGUGCAGGUGAUGCUGGUGUGCGGGGCGGACCUUCUUGAGUCCUUCACCCACCCGGGCGUGUGGGUGCCCUCCCAUGUGAGUAGCACUGUCCUUGCACGGUAUGAUAUGGUGGAGGAGGUGGUGGGGGCGCACGGUGUGGUGUGCAUUGCGCGGCAUGGCGCUGAUGCUCACCGCCUCCUGCUGCACUCUCACCUGCUGCACCGCCACCGCCACAACAUCCUUAUAGUGGAUCAGCCUAUAGAGAACAACGUCAGCUCUUCCCACAUCCGGCGGCUGUUACAGCAGGGGCUGUCAGCCAAGUACCUCGUGCCAGACGCAGUGCUGCACCACAUCCGUGCAGCGCGCCUCUACCAGUGUGCGGACCACGGCCACCCACUUGACUGA